AUGAGUUCGAUAUCGACAAUUGAUUGUUCUUCAUUUGAACCUUAUGAUAAACCUAUAUCAACAUGGAAAACAUUGGUAACAAAUUUAAAUUCUGCUGAACGUGAUUAUGUCAAAUCUUAUUUGGGUCAAUCAUUAGUUGAACAAUGUGAAGAAAUUGAAGGAGAAAUUGAUAGUUUACUUGAUAUUUGGCGUGAUUAUCGUAAUGAAACAGUUGCUAAUUGUACAAAUCCAACAAUUCAUAGUUUAGCAGAACCACCUGUUUUACGACAACGUUUAACUACUGAAAUUGAAUUUUUUGUUAAACAUAUUCAUGAACAAUGUGCCAAUAAUGAUCAAAUUCUUCGUCGUCGUUUAUCAAAUGGACAUAAUUGGAAUGCUAUUAAUUAUGCACUUGUAACAAGUACUGGUGAUGAUGAACGUCGUAUUCGUGAACGACCUGUAUCAGCUCGUGAUCGUCAAGGACGUGAAACGCCAAUAUUAGUUAUACCAGAACCGUCUGCAAAUAUUGAUGAAAUAAAAAUAACAAAUCCUCUUUCACCACGAACACUUUCAACUAUUGAUGUCGAAACUGUUCGUCAUAAAUUAGAAGAUUUCACAUUUGAUGAUAUGAUACAACGUUUACGAACAGCUAUCAGUGAUGAUAUUAAAACACUUGAAAUUCAUAUUACAUAUGUACAUCAAAAAUUAGAUGAAGAAGCAGAUUAUCGUGCAAAAACAAGAGGUCUCUUACGAGAACCAACUCUCGGUGAACUUAAAGAUGAACGUAAUCGACUUGAAAAAGAAGUAUUCAAUACUAAUCAGGCAGCAGUUUCACCAGAACCAGUGAUUUCUCUAAAAAAACAAACAUCAAUAGAUAAUACUAGUCGUCGUUCAUCAACAAGUUCAACAACAAGCUCGAUUCAUAGUCCUCGAAUGUCAUCAGAUGGAAUAACAACGAAAGAAACUCGUUCCCAUGGACCUUUACGUGCUUUUGCAACUGAUCCACUAGUAACAGCUAAACCACGUUUAGCUAUCGAUCGAAAAAUUUCUACAACGACCAAAUUGGAUUCACCUGUAUUAGUACGUUUGGGUUCGAUUAAACAACAAGAUUUACUUAAGAAAUAUCCAUCAUUAGCUACGGCAACUCCAACUACAGCUGUUAAAUCAAGUAAAGCAUUAGAUACGUCAGCAGCACGAAUUAAUUCAGCUGAUAGAUUUCGACGAAUGGUUCUUGAAAGUCGUGAAAUCAGCAGUUGA